UUCCUUCUUCUUCGAGUGUGGUUCCUGGUGGGAGGUGGAGCACAGCUCAACGUCGGCGAUCAGGGCUGCACUUCUCCGCGCCACCGCCGCCUCAUCGAGUCAUCGCCGUCGAGGAACUAUAGCAUCUACUGAUGUUCUAAACCCCAUGUUGGCUGGGCCUUUCUGCAGUUCUCUGUUAGUUGUCAUUCGCUUGAAGUUAAUCUAUCAGCCUCCAAACCAUUGUUGGGAUUAUUCACGGAGGAUUUGGAGUUUUUAAAUUAGUGAAAUUGGUUCACUUUGUGUUGAUUCUCGGGUUUUUUUUUGUCUGUUUUAAUCACUAAAGGAGUCCAUAGAUGACAAUGGAAUCGAGUUCAAUUGAAUUGGAUCAGUCUUUUUGCGAGAGUAUUGAUGCGAACUUGAAUGGGGAUGGAAGCAAUGCUAUUAUUUUGCCUCAAAAGAAGAAGAAGAACAAGGACAAAGGUGCCGGCAAGGCUUUGAGGAAAAGCAACGCAAACGAACCUCAGAAAAUGAGCAAAAGCAAGCUAAGGAAGCUGAAACAGAUUCAGGAGGAGAAGGAAAAGAGAUUGUUGCUAUCCAAAAGUAUUGAAGUUUUAGAGAAACACAAGAUCUGGGAUGGUGCAUAUUCUUUGUUGAAGUGUUCUGGGACUAUUGGCCAAAUGGAUACUAUGCGGGAGAAACGCAGACGGGCAGUAGAAUUUUCUAAAGCAGGUUUAGAGGUGCCCGAGGAAGUUUCUCUUUUCAAGAGAAAAAAGAAAGAUAAGGCUUUUGAAGAAGCUGCUGUCGAGCUUAAUGGUAACCACAACCAUUUUGAACACUUUCAAAAUUAUAGUCAGCUUAUUCCAACAAGAUCUGCCUUUGAGGAGGGUGUAUCACAUAUCGUACAACCUUCCCUCCAAGUUACAAAUUGCAAUACUGAUAUAUGCAUGAGGGAGGGUGAAAAAUGUCCUUCAUCUCCAUGUAGUUCUGAUGAGAGACCGGACACCAAUCCUCAGGGUUUGCAACCUGGUGUUUCAGAUAUUGUUCAUCUGAACAAUGGGUUGUCUGGAGAUAUAAUGUUCAUGGAGCAUCUGACUGCCCCAAUAAUAGUUCGUGUAUCAAGGCCUAAGGAGGUUGAAGAAACAAGAAGAGAUCUACCGAUAGUCAUGAUGGAGCAAGAGAUAAUGGAAGCUAUAAAUGAGCAUCUGGUUGUCAUUAUUUGUGGGGAAACUGGAUGUGGUAAAACCACUCAAGUACCCCAGUUUCUAUAUGAAGCUGGAUUUGGUUCUAAAGAUCAUAGAGAUAGAAAGGGAAUGAUUGGGGUUACCCAACCUCGCCGUGUUGCUGUUCUUGCCACUGCAAAGCGUGUGGCUUUUGAAUUAGGUCUCCACCUUGGUAAAGAGGUUGGAUUUCAAGUGAGGCAUGACAAGAUGAUUGGAAAUAGCUGCUCCAUCAAAUUCAUGACAGAUGGUAUUUUGCUUCGUGAAGUCCAGAGUGAUUUCUUGCUGAAGAAAUAUUCUGUCCUAAUCCUGGAUGAAGCUCACGAGAGGAGCCUGAACACUGAUGUUCUCAUUGGCAUGCUUUCUCGGGUUGUUAGACUUCGGCAGAAGCUAUAUAUGGAGCAGCAGGAGAAGUUGCUGUCUGGAGUGAAAAUCAGUCCGGAGAAUAUAAUUACACGUUUGAGGCUUGUACUUAUGAGUGCAACACUACGUGUGGAAGAUUUUGUUUCAGAUAGGAAACUAUUUAGCGAAACUCCACCUGUUCUGGAGGUGGCAGUUAGGCAGUAUCCAGUAACCGUGCACUUCUCCAAGAACACAAAGGUGGAUUACUUAGGAUUGGCUUUUAAGAAGGUAAUGUCCAUUCAUAGGACACUUCCGGCAGGUGGUAUACUUGUUUUUGUUACUGGACAGAGGGAAGUGGAGUUCCUCUGCAAAAAGUUGCGUAAAGCUUCAGAGAAAUUGACUAAAAGUAGUUCCAAGUUAGAAAAUGAGAGCCAUCUAGCUUCAGAUGUGGAUAUGAAGGAAAUCAAUGAAGCUUGUGAAAUUGAAGGCAUCUCUCCUUUUCUGCAAACUGACAAGUUCAGUUAUGAUGAGAACCCUCAUGAUGUAGAGAUGGAUUGCUAUUCAUCAGACUCAGAGUUAGAGAGUGGGAGUGAAGCUGAAGAUGAAGAUGUCAUGGAGAUUGAAGGCUCAAAGAAGAGUGGCUCGGGUGUAGAUUUUCUGGAGGAUGCAGAGAGCCUUUCUUCUUUAAAGGCUGCUUUUGAGGCACUGGCUGGAAAUGUCUCAGAACCAAAUUGCAAAGAGAACACCAGUCUCCCUGUUGCUUCUGCUACUGAAGGACACCCAGAAACUUCUGUGAUGUCUGUUGGUGCAAUGCAUGUUUUGCCUCUCUAUGCAAUGCUGCCCGCCAAUGCACAGCUUCGUGUAUUUGCUGAUGUUCCUGAAGGAGAGCGCCUCGUAGUGGUUGCCACUAAUGUGGCUGAGACCUCUUUAACCAUACCCGGCAUGAAAUAUGUGGUUGACACUGGAAAAGAAAAGGUCAAGAACUACAAAUAUACCAGUGGAAUGGCAGCCUAUGAAGUUCAGUGGAUAAGCAAGGCAUCAGCUGCUCAACGUGCAGGAAGAGCUGGAAGAACUGGACCUGGCCAUUGCUACCGGCUGUAUUCCUCUGCUGCUUUUGGUAAAGAUGAUGUAUUUCCUGAUUUCUCCUGUCCGGAAAUAUCCAAGAUCCCAGUAGAUGGUGUUGUGCUUCUCUUGAAAUCCAUGGGUAUAGAUAAGGUUGCGAACUUUCCAUUUCCAACUCCUCCCAAGAUAGAAGCCUUGGUUGAAGCUGAGAAAUGCUUAACUGCUCUCAACGCUCUUGAUCCCCAAGGAAGGCUAACACGAAUAGGGAGAGCGAUGGGGCAGUACCCGAUGAGUCCCCGUCAUUCUUGCAUGCUCCUUACC